AUGCCGACCACAACCACAACUGAGGCGACUGCAACCACCACAACUGAGCCGACUACCACCACCACAACUGUGCCCAUAACAACCACAACUGUGCCGAUCAAAACCACAACUGUGCCGGCCACAACCACAACUGAGCCGCCUACAACAACCACAACUGUGCAGACCACAAUCACAACUGCGCCAGCUACAACCACAACUGUGACGACCACAACCACAACUUUGCUCACAACAACCACAACUGUGCAAACCACAACCACAACUAACAGAGCCCACUACAACCACAACAGAGCCGCCAACAACCACAACGGUGCCGACAACAACCACAACUGUGCAGACCACAAUCACAACUGCGCCAGCUACAACCACAACUGUGCAGACCACAAUCACAACUGCGCCAGCUACAACCACAACUGUGUCGACCGAAACCACAACUGUGCCAACACCCACAACAGUGCCGACCAAAACCCCAACUGUGCCCACAACAACAACAACUGUGCCGACCACAACCCAACAACCACAACAGUGCCAACAACCAAAACUGUGCCGCCCAAAACCACAACUGUGCCAACACCCACAACAGUGCCAACCACACCCACAACUGAGCCGACUACAUCCACCACAACUGAGCCCACCACAACCACAACAGUGCCAAGAACCACAACUGUGCCGUCUACAACCACAACUGUGCCGAACAAAACCACAACUGUGCCCCCAACAACCACAACUGUGCCGUCGACAACCACAACUGUGCCGAACAAAACCACAACUGUGCCGACCAAACCCACAACUGUCCCCACAACAACCACAACGGUGCCGACCCCAACCACAACUUUGCCCACCACAACCACAACUGACCCGACUACAACCACCACAACGGAGCCCACUACAAUCACUACUGCCAACAACAACCACAACUCCGACCAAAACCACAACUCUGCCCACAACACCCACAACUGUGCCGACCAAAACCCAAACGGUGCCCCCAACAACCACAACUGCGCCCACUACAAUCACUACUGCCGACCUCAACCACAACUGAGCCAGCAACAACCCCCACUGUACCGACCAAAACCACAACUGGGCCGACCACAACCACAACUAUGCCCACUACAAUCACUACUGCCGACCUCAACCACAACUGAGCCAGCAACAACCACAACUGAGCCCCCAACAACCACAACUGCGCCGACCAAAACCACAACUGUUCCGACCACAACCACAACUGCGCCGACCAAUACCACAACGGUCCCCACAACAACCACAACGGUGCCGACAACAACCACAACUGUGCAGACCAAAACCACAACUGUGGCCACAACAACCACAACUGUACCGACCAAAACCACAACUGUUCCGACCAAAACCACAACUGUUCCGACCAAAACCACAACUGUGACCACAACAACCACAACUGUCUCGACCAAACCCACAACUGUCCCCACAACAACCACAACUGUUCCGACCACAACCACAACUGCGCCGACCAAUACCACAACGGUCCCCACAACAACCACAACUGUGUCGACCAAAACCACAACUGUGCCAACCACAACAACAACUGAGCCGACUACAACAACCACAACUGAGCCCACUACAAUCACUACUGCCGACCACAACCACAACUGA